AUGGCGAAACUCGAAACCGAGCACGACUUGCCCUCAAUCCACGAGGUGCCGGUUGGCGUGCUGGAGGAAGGAUCGCUGGAUCCGGUUUACGAGGCCAAGGCCAAGGUGUUGAAUAAGGCGAUUCAAGAUGUUGGUAUGGGCAAGUAUCAGUGGCAGUUGUUCAUUGUCAUUGGUUUUGGCUGGGCUAUGGACAAUUUAUGGCCAAUUGUGACGAGCUUGAUCUUGCCAGCCGUUAGGAGCGAGUUCCAUCCCACAAGGGCACCGUUCCUCACCCUCGCCCAAAAUAUUGGCCUGCUCUUCGGCGCCGUCUUCUGGGGAUUCGGAUGCGACAUCUUCGGUCGACGAUGGGCUUUCAACCUGACUCUGGGAAUCACAUCGGUAUUCGGCAUGGUUGCAGCCAGCAGUCCAAACUUUGCUGCCAUUGGUAUUUUCGCUGCACUCUGGUCUGUCGGUGUAGGUGGCAACUUGCCAGUCGACAGUGCCAUCUUCCUGGAAUUCUUGCCCGGAUCCCAUCAAUACCUUCUCACGAUCUUAUCGAUUGACUGGGCCCUCGCCCAAGUCUUUGCUACGCUUGUAGCAUGGCCGUUGCUUGGUAAUAUGACAUGCGCGUCAACCGACACCAAUUGUACCCGAGGCGAAAACAUGGGCUGGCGCUACUUCCUAAUCACCGUAGGAGGUGUAACGUUGAUCAUGUUUAUGCUUCGCUUUGUUGCAUUCACUGUCUUUGAAUCGCCUAAGUUUCUUAUGGGCAAGGGCAAAGAUGAAGAAGCCGUCCGUGUCGUCCAUGAAGUUGCUCGCCGAAACGGCAAGACUUCGUCAUUGACCAUCGAGGACCUCCAGGUCUGCGAAACACUUGCUGUAGCUGGCACACCAGCACAAGUUCAAACCACCACGGCCGCAGCACUGAAGCGUAACCUCCAAAAGAUCGAUGCCUCGCAUGUCAAAGCCCUCUUCGCGACGAGGAAACUUGCCUUCUCCACCAGUCUCAUCACACUCAUCUGGGCGUUCAUUGGACUAGCUACUUUAGGCUUCCCGCUUUAUAACGCCUUUCUACCCUACAUCCAGCAGACGCGUGGCGCAGAAUUCGGCGACGGAAGCACGUACCUGACCUACCGCAACUCGCUCAUCAUCGCCGUGCUCGGUGUCCCCGGCUGUCUCCUCGGCGGCCUCCUCGUCGAGACACCUCGCGUAGGUCGCAAAGGCACGCUCUCCGCCUCGACGAUCCUUACAGGCGUGUUUCUCUUCGGCAGCACCACGGCACUCAACUCGGAUGCCUUGCUAGGCUGGAACUGCGCGUACAAUUUCAUGAGUAAUAUCAUGUAUGCUGUCUUAUACUCAUACACGCCCGAAAUCUUCAGCACCAAAGACCGCGGCACAGGCAACGCCAUCACCGCCUCGGCGAACCGCAUCUUCGGCAUCAUGGCGCCCAUCGUCGCCAUGUUUGCCAACCUAGAAACCAGCGCGCCCGUUUACGUUAGCGGCGCGCUCUUCAUUGCCGCGGGCAUCUUGGUGCUGUUAUUGCCGUUCGAAUCGAGGGGCAAGGCGAGUAUGUAG